UUGGACAAGAAACACAGUUCUUCCCACACGAGUGAAAGUGUCGUUGCCCUCGCACCUUUGAAAUGACCUUGAGGAACCGCGGGAGUGGCGGGAAGAUGGACUCCACAGCCAUCUUCCUCCUUUCCCGCUGAUAACGAUGGCCGCAGGUGCCACAUUCCCACAGCGGAACACACCUGUUUUUGAGAAGCUGUGGGUAAAGGGAAUCAAACUCCAUUCAAAGUGGUUCCCGUUUUGGUUUUUCGACCCAGAGCUGGUGUCUCUCUCUCAUGUACACCCAAUUGGUUCACCACUGCGCAUGACGGUUAAUAAUUUUUUUCGGGUUCGACCCUUAUCAUGCAAUAGUGGAGAACUGGACGACCACACCAUCCUUCUCCUGUGUGGUCUCGCUGUUGUUGUUGUUGUUGUUGGUAGUGCUGGUUGCACAUGCAACCGAAACCACAUGCACUGUGACGAGCACUGUCAUCGAUCGGAAUGCAAUGGCGCACCCGGUGUGAUCACGAUCGCGAUCGAUGGGGCCAAAAAUAAGAUCAAGUGCGCUCUUACUACAUAGUUGUACAGAGCGGUGCGCACGAACUUGGACUUUUCCCUGUGCAUAAACAUACACAAAGCAAAGACCUAAUUCGCAAUGGUCUUUCGCGUGCAGGCGAACUUGAUCUCUGUGUGCGACCAUCGAGUCGAAUUUUUCGGCCCGUUCGACCCUGCCCUGGCCUGCAGAAUUUAAUUUUGAAGGUCAUUCGCGUGUCACCCGAAGUGGCCUCCUCCCUACACACACUCACACUUGGGGCGUACAUUAAUUCGCUCAUCCACUCCCCACGACCCCAUCACACUCGCGCAACUGCGCACUCUGCGGUGCAGUGCUGUGCUGAGUGUUUCGAAAGUGAUAAACCCUGCCCUAUCGGAAGUAGUAAUAAUCAAGUGUACCUUGUAUCUUGAGAGGGGCCACAUGGCCGUAUAGAUUAUCACGUGGAAAUUGCACUUCCUUCUCCUCCUAGUGGCGUAGUAAAAACACGCGCCGAGCGGUUGAACCCCCCGACCGAGACAUACAACAUCCUUGCCCCAGGGAGUAGCGGGGCUUGGUGCUUGAUAAGAUCGCUUUCAUCCUUGGCACAAGUUCAAGGACGACUUUCACUUUUCCUUAUGUUUACAAUUGCUGCACGCGUUACGUAAGUGCGCUGCGACCGAUACGUGCGUGUAGAUUUUCAUUUCGUUUUUCCCAGCCCCUCUUGCUUUGCUGAUGGCACUCGAGUGACGAUCUGUCAGCUGAUUAUAGCGGGGACGAUUUGUUUUCCCUUUUUGUGGUGAGCUCGUGCUGUGAACAUGAUCGAAAAUAGCAUUUUAUUUUAGAAGAAUUAAUUUAGUACGCGGGACGAGACAUUGCCUUUUCGUAUCAAUGAAUGAAUUCACUUUCAAGCUCAGUGUACUACUACCCUGCGCAGUUGUUAGGAGUGCUUUCACUUGAACACUACAGCCACCAAACUUACCUCAAGCAUCAUGACCACCUACUUCAACUACCCACCAAAGGAGAUUCAGGAGGAGCUGGCCCGCAUCGCCAAGCAGAUUGUUGCCCCCGGUAAGGGUAUUUUGGCCGCCGACGAGUCCACGGCCACCUGUGGCAAGCGUUUCGCUGAUAUCGGCGUUGAGAACAACGAAGACAACCGCCGCCAGUACCGCCAGCUGCUGUUCACCGCUGACCAGCGCCUGCAGGAACACAUCUCCGGCGUGAUCCUGUUCCACGAAACCCUCUACCAGAAGGGUGACGAUGGCACUCCGCUGGCCAAGCUGCUGGCGAGCAAGGGCAUUCUGGCCGGCAUCAAGGUCGACAAGGGUGUCGUCGAUCUGAUGGGCUCGGAGGGCGAAUGCACCACCCAGGGUCUGGACGAUCUCGCGGCCCGUUGCGCCCAGUACAAGAAGGACGGUUGCGACUUCGCCAAGUGGCGUUGCGUGCUGAAGAUCGGCAAGAACACGCCGAGCUACCAGUCCAUCCUGGAGAACGCGAACGUGCUGGCCCGCUACGCCUCCAUCUGCCAGUCGCAGCGCAUCGUCCCGAUCGUCGAGCCGGAGAUCCUCCCGGACGGUGAUCACGAUCUGGAGCGUUGCCAGAAGGUGACCGAAACGGUGCUGGCCGCCGUCUACAAGGCGCUGAACGACCAUCACGUCUACCUGGAGGGUACGCUGCUGAAGCCGAACAUGGUGACGGCCGGCCAGAGCUGCGCCAAGAAGCCGACCGCCCAGGAGAUUGCGCUCGCCACCGUGACCGCACUGCGCCGCACCGUGCCGGCCGCCGUGCCCGGCGUCACCUUCCUGUCGGGCGGCCAGUCCGAGGAGGAGGCGUCCGUGAACCUGAGCGCCAUCAACCAGGUGCCGCUGCUGAGACCGUGGGCCCUGACCUUCUCGUACGGUCGCGCCCUGCAGGCCUCGGUGCUGCGCGCCUGGGGCGGCAAGAAGGAGAACGUGAAGGCCGCCCAGGAGGAGCUGAUCAAGCGCGCAAAGGCAAACGGAUUGGCUGCACAGGCAAAGUAUGUCCCCGGUUCGAUUCCCUCGUACGCCGCAAACGCUAGCUUGUUCGUGAAGUCCCACGCUUACUAGAGAGGGAGAGAAAAGGAGGCCUGCCCCCUCUCCCUUGCUGCGUAUGCUCACCCGACCCAGUUCUCGCCCGACACCCCACGCGACCGAGAAGCAUGGAUGGCACGCGCAGCAACACUCCGACACCGCGCGGACACUCAACGGAUAAGCUAGCUUUAGUGAACACGAUCAUCGGCAUUCCAGCAAAUGAGAGAGAGAGAGAGAGAGGAAGCGUAGAGAUUGGAGAGAGAACGAGGGACUCAAUAUUUGAAGCGAACCGUGCAGGACACUUUUGUCGUCUCAAACACACACAAACACUAUCGGUGGAUCCUUACGACGGGAGGAUUCAAUUCUUCGUCAAUUCGUUUUUUUACACAUAUCACCAAAAACAAAAACAACAAAACACUACCUUCACACAGGACACGUACAUAAACACUUAGAUGGAGUUGUUGAAUGUUUUUCUUUUUAAAGUUGUGUUUUAUAUUGAUAUGAGUCUCGUUUGUUAAUUUGUACAUUUAAAAAACGCAACAAAACUGUUACUUUUUUAACUGUUUCCCCUCCCUGAAAGUGUGUUUAACGUUUUUGUUAAUAAUACAGUAUCCGUUUAAAUAGUACGUAACAGUACACGCCUCAAUUGUUCCUAAUCAUAUGUGUCGAUGUGUUAACAUUACAGUAUGUGGUAUGUUUUUAAUCAGUGGGCCUGCGGACACACCCACCCUGCGGGGAGUACAAGGGGGAUUUGGAGGUUUUGGGUUGUAAUCAAUUACAACCGGCAAAACAACGCAACCGAUUGAUUUCAAACCCCCGAUCCCUCAUCCAGUACCGUGCAGGGUGUGUGUGUGUUUGUUACAGUGCCAGCCAUCUCGCGUAGCGUCGCGGGGGACACCCUCCAUGCUGGGCGUGAAGUUAUAUUCAACGUAAAAGUAAAUAAAUUGGAUCCCGCAAAUAAUAAAAGCAAACCAAUAAAUUCGAACACAACACCACGCGCCCGGCACAGCAGGGAAGAGGGGAUAGUCCUCGAGCGAGCUGCUGCAGCCCGUUCAAAGUCACUAAGCAAACGGAAGGAAGAAGAAUAAGAAGAAGAAGACCGUGUAGCCAUUGGAAAGUAAAAGUGUUGAUGAAAUAAAUUCGUUUGCCUGAAGAGAACCGCCUCGUAGACCGCAACGAAAACGCACGGCAUGCGCGCUCGGAUGCGGCGAGCGGAUGCAUGGA